AUGCAGACGACGGAAGGGACGGGUACUCUGUCGCGGGGCUCACUUCACGAACGACAGCCGGGCGGUCCACGUCAAAGGCGAUGGGCACCAAAGGUCCGAACAGGGUGCAUGACUUGUCGAGCACGGCAUAUCAAAUGCGAUGAAGCCAGCCCGAUCUGUCAGCAAUGCCAUCGCUCCAGCAGACAAUGCGUCCAACCUCUUAUGGGGGCGCCAGCUCGACCUCUCAAUACAACCGCCUUCAUUCCAACCGCGAUCGAGCGAUCUCUAAAUCAUUUCUUCCGCGAUAUUCUCGUCCGCGUCGGUAUCGACGAAUUCAGCGGUGACUUUCACCGACGUCAGCUACCACAGGCCACACAUAAUCUCCUGCCUGUUUGGCAUGCAAGCAACGCCGUAGCCGCAUCAUGGUGGUUACACGGCGGUAUAGCCAAACCUGCCCAUGACUACGCUGCAAGGCUGAAAAGGGAAUUUAUUACACAAGAAUUGAAAGCUACGAAGCAUAUCCUACGAAUAACACAGCUAAGGACUCUAUCGGCGGAGCAACAAAAUGGAAUUUUACUGGCAAACAUCCUUCUCGUCAUCCAACUUCGGCCGCAUGAAAAUGUCCACAGACUUUUGUCUAUCCAGGCAACUAGCCUUCAGCUAAUUCGAUGUUGGCGAUUCUGGGAGAGCAUUGACUCGACUCCAGUCUCGGCCCUGGCGACACAAGUCUUAUACCAUUGGGUUAAAUCAACUAGAGACGUUCGCGAGUGCCUGCUUACAACUCUGCAUCAGCCGGGCGAUGACUGGCAUGAAGCCAUUGCCUGGCUUCAGAAGCGAUCUCUCUCCACGCCUAUUCGUGCUUGGAUCGAGAUAGACAUGAUUUGGGCUAGCAUGCGAUCGCUGUUGGAGGGACUAUCAUUCCAACCAAACAAAAAAGAAAUCGAGGCGGCUCAAUCCAUGCGCAGGACACUUAACCAAUACUUUAUCCGUUGGAGAGCAAGAUUUGACGCUCUCUUGGUGCAUACCUCAGCAGAAGACUCGAUACAAUUUACCGCACUUCACGCCCGACGUAUGAUGACGGCUAUUUUAUUCAAGGUGGAUCUAGCAAACUUUGAGGGGCUCUGGGAUGAAACCUGUUGGGACGACCUUGCGAGCGAUUUUGCUGCAGCUUUAAGUUAUAUUAUCUCUGCACAAGACGGACCUACAAACUGGUACGGCCAAGAGGUGCAAGUAACAGCGUCUAUCUGGAACUCUCUUCAUUUCAUUGCUAGAUUUUGCCGGGACUCUAUUCUCCGACGCACCGCUCUGAUUACAAUGCGAGCCGCCAUGUUCGCCGCACUGGGAACUCUUCCAGGCGAUAUAGGAGACGAGGAAAAGAAGCGGAGGACUAGCAAUUUUCUCAUCGACUAUAUAAUCGCGCAUGAAGAGAAUGCAUGGGACCAUUGCAGGGAAACCCCAGCAUGCAGGCGCGGUGAAUUCAUUUGCAACCUUCAUCGCGUCGCGGUAGUGCGCGGACAAGAGCUUUCGGAGUCGCGUUACGAGUUUACCUGCCUGACCGUUGGUGAUAUCCUGCGAGCAGAAGCGGGCCAGAAAUGGAUCUGUUCAGCACCGAUAUCGGGCUGCGACUAUUAUCACGCAUGUCUAGACUAUUGGAGCCUUGUUGUGGAAGUGGACUGCCAUCUUGCUGGACCAGUUUGA